AAGGCCCUCGCACUACCGCAGGGUUCACCCUCAGAAUAAGGUCCAACAAUCGUAACCCAAGGACUUUUUUGUCGCAGCCUAGCAACGUCAAAAUUUCGUUUGAUCUUUGAAACUUGUGAAUCAUUCUGUUACAUUAUUUAUAAACCCUAUUUUUAUAAGUUUUACAAUGCCUAAAGCCUUGAAAGACUUACACGAGGGCAUCCCCUAUCACCACGUGACCCAAGGAAAUGAGCCGGGAUGUUAUCAACUACACAGGCCGUCAAAAUGCCGUCUCCGUUUCCCGAUCACGGACCGUCCGAUCCACAAAUGCGAGAUCCCCGACUACGAGUAUACGAUGGUGCCGCAGAAGUCUGGAUACCGCAAGCUGCUGGUGCCGCGACCUCCGAAGAACUACUACCCUACUGUGAUGGACCGCGCUGAGUAUGAGCGACUGAAGCAGCAAGCUCAGGUAAAAACAAAAGAUGAGCAGCUAGCAGCAUUAGAAGCAGCGGAAGAGGCGGAGCGGCAACUCGCCAAGGAGUCCCAGGAACGGAUUGAUCUACUGAGGAGCAGACUGCAGGCGCAGCCGGGAGCGGAGGCGGGGGCGGGGGGCAAGGAUGAGCUGGAGGCGCCUGAUCAGACUGCGCAUACGCUGAAUAGGGCUGAGCUACUCCGAGCGGACAGCCUCCCCGGCCCUCGUCUGGCCAGCCAGGUGAUCCUCGCGUCCAAGUGCCACGCCAUCCGCGACGCGCAGCUCGUCGAGAAGCAGCUCAUACAGCAGGAGCUGAGCGAGGAGGAGAAACGUCUGGAUGCAAUAAUGGAGGAGAACCGCGUGGCGGCGCUCGGGCGCGCGGAGGCGGAGGAGGCGCGGCGCCGGCGCCUGCAGCUGGACAACCUCGCCGCGCUCAAGGAGCAGAUCACCGCGCAUGAUACUGCCAAGAUAAUGGAAGCGGAACGCAUCGAGGAGGAGAGCGUGCGCAUGAACCAGGCCAACAUCGCCGUGCAGAUCGACGAGGCCAACAAGCUAAAAGAGAAGCUUGAAAGGCAAAGGCAGCUCAAAGAAACACUGGACAGGGCGAACGCCGAGAUAAUCUACUUCAAGCAGCUCCAGAACGAAGAAGACCGUAUCAGCAAUCAGCGCAUAGCGUUGUUCCUGCAGCAGAGACAGGAGCGGGAGGCGAGGGCGCGGGCCGAGCGCGCCGCCGCCACGGCUGUGAAGCAGAAGGGGAUCGAACACAUCUCCAGGGCUCAGAAGGCAGAACAAGAGCUGAAAUCCGAACUGGAGCGCAUCCGCAACCUGAAGAUACAGGAGGACGUGGAGCGAGAAUACCGGCGCCGCGAGCGAGACGCCGCCGUCAAGAGGAGGGACGACAUGAGGAAGCUGCACGAAGCGCGGAACAACCAGAUCAAGGACAUCCACCGCAUGAUCGCGCGCGAGAUCGCGAAGGACGAGCAGAGCUUCAACGACGCCGCGCGACAGAACGACCAGUUCCUGCAGAAGGAGAAGCUGUUGGAAGACGAGCGUAAAGCCAGAAUAGAGAAACAUCGGCAAGAGAUAAUGAAGCAAAUCAAUGAUAAGGAACGAGCCAGAGCUGAACAACGCGAGAAGAUCCACAGCCAGGGCGUCGCAUUACGCAUGGAACAGGAGCUACAGGAUAAAUACGAGAAAAUGGUCAUCAAACAGAAGGUGGAAGACAUGAGGAGACAGAAGAUAGCGGACAAGUACGUGUCAGAAGUGGUACAGACGCUCAACACUCACGGCUACAAGAUCACCGAGUGAGAGCGAGAACAUACGGGAGUAAGCCCCGAGUAAGAGCGAGGCAACUAAUGUGAAC